CCGGGCCUAAGGAGCGCUCGCCAAGGGCGGGGCCUACCCCGGGAAAGUCUGGAGGCUGCGAAAUUGUGUUGUUUGUUCCUCUGGGUCCGGGAGGGAUGGGAAGGGCAAGUCGUCAAACGCUCUUGGAAGGAUUAACUGAAACCUGCUAAUUGUGGCAGCCUUUGCAUGCUCCCCUCCCCCCACAGCCUCUUCCUCCCUCCCCUCCCCCUUCCAUAAGAAUGAUAAAGGGCCCGGCCCGCCGGCCCUGACCCGGCCUCCGGCCCCGGCCCAGCCUUGCCACACUGCCCCACAGCCCUGAGCCUCCCCUAGGCCAGGCUUUGGACCACGCUGGCAGGCCCCCCACACAUGGGACCCCGAAGUGACUCCCGCCUUGGGCUACUGGAGGCAGAGUCGCCCCCCAAGAGGAGGAAGAAGAGAUACCUGCGACAUGACAAGCCCCCCUACACCUACUUGGCCAUGAUCGCCUUGGUGAUUCAGGCUGCACCCUCCCGCAGGCUGAAGCUGGCUCAGAUCAUCCGGCAGGUCCAGGCCGUGUUCCCCUUCUUCAGGGAUGACUAUGAGGGUUGGAAGGACUCCAUUCGCCACAACCUUUCCUCCAACCGAUGCUUCCACAAGGUGCCCAAGGACCCUGCGAAGCCCCAAGCCAAGGGCAACUUCUGGGCAGUUGAUGUGAGCCUGAUUCCACCCGAGGCACUGCGCCUGCAGAACACUGCCCUGUGCCGGCGCUGGCAGAACCGGGGCACUCGAAGAGCCUUCGCCAAGGACCUAAGCCCCUAUGUGCUGCAAGGCCGGCCCUACAGGACACCCAGUCCUCUGCCACAGCCCAGAGAGGGCUUCAGCAUCAAGUCCCUGCUAGGGCACCCUCAAGAGGAGACACCCUGGCCCCAGCACCCUAACCCAGAUAGACAGAGCAGCCCAGCUCAGGCAGGCUUGGGGUGCAGGGGGGAGGAGGUGGUCCCUACACCACCACUUCCCUCCUCUGAGAGGCCUCUGUGGCCCCUCUGCUCCCUCCAGGGGCCCACAACAAUGGAGGGGGACACUUCCCAGGGAGCAAUCAUCGGGCCCUCACCCCUAUCCCCACAGCCCAGGACCUGGCCCCUCCAUGUACUACAAGGUACUCCAGACCCUGGGGGGCUGCCCAGUGCGGAAUGCAGGGCCUCCUUGUGGGGACAGCUGCCUACUUCCUACUUGCCCAUUUACACCCCCAAUGUGGUAAUGCCCUUGGCCCCACUGCCACCCACCUCCUGUCCCCAAUGCCCACCUUCAACCAGCCCAGCCUACUGGGGGGUGGCCUCUGAGUCCAGGGCUUCCCCAGGACUGCUCUGGGAUCUAGACUCACUCUUUCAGGGGGUGCCGCCCAAUAAGAGCAUCUAUGACGUAUGGGUCAGCCACCCUCGGGACCUGGCUGCCCCUGCCCCAGGCUGGCUGCUCUCCUGGUAUACCCUGUGAGCCUCCCUGGACAGGGGCUCCCCCUCCCAUCUCUCCAGCUUGAUGGGGAGCCUUGGUUAGGCUAGAAGGACGAUAUUGGCAACAUUCAUCACAGCCUUGAAAUACCAGGCACCAGCCUUGUUGAGAGUCCACAAUGUUUAUUGGGCUACCCCAGAAAGGGUUGCAGCCCAACUGGGCAGGACCCUGGCCCAGGUCACUCAUGCCCCUGCUUCCCCUACACCUAUGGGUAAAGCUUGGAGGAGCAGGGCUCAGCCUGGAGAAGCCCUUCUUGGUCUCACCUUCAGGCCCACCACCAUUCAUCUAUCCAUCCAUCACCAUCUGUCCCCUCCCCUCACUGGCUCCAGGCUGGGGGAGGGAGAGCCUAACGGUAGGUCCAGUUUGAAGUCCUGCCCUCUCUCUGGGAAGGAGGUAGCACCUUUUGGGAAAAGGGUAAGGAAAUAAAAACUAAACCCUACAUAGU